GGAAACUGGAAUUGGCUGGGCCGCGCUAGGAAUUCUGGGAUAUGGUGGGCCACCAAGGAUACACCCGACCCAUCCUUCAAAUUUGAGGAAAAGGAGGAUGCAUUUGGAGGAGUCUACGAAUUUGGACUGAAUUGCACAUAAUAAUAUCACGGAUGAUAAAUUAAAUAGAUUUUAAGUAGAUGCUUGUGCAUUCUUAAAGUCUUAUAGGUUGAAUUGAACUAUGUGAUCUAAUCAAAGCCUCCCAGUCAGUGCUGUUCUCCAUGCCUGUCUGACUGUACAUGAUGUUAUUAGCACAAACACUCUAAAGGGGAUCAGUUAGGACUUCAGCAACAAUACAGACAGCAAUAUAGUUAGCAAUAAAACAGUUUUAUUGGGAAUUAACUUAAAAAACAAACAAACAUCUCUGUCCUAUUUUUUUUGUGUCAUACAGGAAAGAAGCAUCAGCAGUAGCAACAGGAGAUGAAUAUCUCUAACAAGUUGAUUUGUUCACAUUUUCACAUCUUAAUUUUUAAUUGAAAUGUGCAUUUUGAGUUUAUACACUAUAUGCACAUAAGGUGACCGUUACCUUUUGCAGUAUUUUUGUGUGGUGCAUUUUUCUAUGUCUUAACAAAAGGGGAACAAAGGUGCUUAAUUUAACCCUAGACCUGACCCUGAAAAAGGCGUAUGAACCCUGUGAGUAAUUGUAAUUUCAUUACAGAAGAGAGGUCCAUUUAGAGUAGGGGUGUCAAACUCCAGUCCUCGAGGGCAAGACUCUAUCCGGUUGUUCAGUCAGACGUCACGGAUGACGUUGCAGGUAUUUCCGGGUCUAAGUGCUCCUCAAGAAACAACGAUGGCGGAGCCAGUGACUUUGUUCACGAUUACCUCCUUCUUUAGCGAAGUACCAAUUAGGGUUAAAAAGGGUCUUAAUUCCUUCAACUCUAGUAAAGUGGUCAGUGUAACCGUUCUCCCAGGCGGAAUUAUAAAGGGAAGUGUCCAGGCAUCCAUGAAAAAGAAGAUUUACAAUGUUGAGGUGAGCUAGGAGUAAGCUAGCUAGCCGACGAUUAAACAUGAGAUAUUCUGUAUUCUGAUGUAUUUCAUAAAGCACACACACGUACAGCAAUGCUAUAACAGUGGAAGUAAACGAAGAUGAAAAUCUACAUAACAUGGAGGUUUUGGAGAGUUAGUAAUGUUAGCCUAGUACCAGUUAUAUUAGCCUAGUUAACCUAGUACCAGUACACAGAGCAGCGCUGCAAGUGUUUGUUAGAAUGUUUAGGGUAAGCAUUAACUUUCUUUCAAUGUAGGUGCAUGUUGAGGGUCAGUCAGUCAGGUUCAGCUCCUGUGAGUGCCCGAUUGGCAAUGAUAAGUGCCAUCAUAUGGCGGCAUUGUUGAUUUGGGUGGAGAAGAAUGUGUCUCGCACUGACGUGGAAUGUGUGUGGAAGAGGGUAAAAUCAUGCAAAGCAGAAGAAAUUACUGCCAAGAGAGUGUCUGUGAUGACACCCUCAACAACACAAGCUGGAAUCGAAAGACCUGUCUCCCAGGAGGACAAGGAAUGGGCAGUGGCAUCCCUAUCGAAAUUGCAACGUUUUACUGGGAUGGGUUGGAUUUUGAGUCCUGAAUGCUCUCAGGCUAAACCAGCCAAGACAUUUGAUGAAGUGCUGAGGAACCUGGGAUUUCCCCAAGCAGAAGACAAGUCUCGUUAUCUCUUGGCAUCACUGGCUGUGUCUGACGAAGAGAAGAAACAGAUUGAGGAAGCAACAGUUGGGCAAACGAAGAAUGCAUUGUGGUCAGCAUAUCGCAAGAAGAGAAUCACAGCCAGCAACUUCGGUUUGGUCCUGAGUGCAGUCCAGCGGCGCUCAUACCCCCCUUCCUUAUUUAAGACUCUGCUUGGACAGUACAACCUGACAGAAGGAUCUAAAGCAUGUGAUUGGGGGAUCCUUCAUGAGCCAAAGGCCAAGCAGUUGUACACUGACUGUACUGGUGCAGCUAUCAAGGAGAGGGGACUGUUUUUAUCUAACAGUGGCCUGCUUGGUGGUUCUCCAGAUGGGACUGUCUCUAAUGAGUGCAUCAUUGAGGUGAAAUGCCCAUGGUCAGCCAGAGCCAAAACUGUAUUGGAGGCUGCAGAAAGUAAGGACUUUUUCCUACAGCUGGAUGAGGCAAGUGGUUCCCUGGUAUUAAAAAAGAAUCACAACUACUGGCAUCAGAUCCAGGGCAACCUCUAUCUCACAGGGGCGAAAAGCUGUCACUUUAUUGUUUGGACUCCAUGUGACUUUUUCAUCUUGCAUGUGGAUAGAGAACAAACUUGGGCUGUUAACAUUGAAGCGUUGGAAACGUUCUACCGGGAAGUUUUUUUACCCCAUAUUUUAUCGCAGCUUUGAAUUCAUAUCAGCAUGAGUAAUUUAUCAGUCCAAAUGUUUAUAGUUAAUUUUAAAACUAUUUGGAAAUUGUACAUUUUUUGUCAUUGUAACUUUGUAAAUAUAUUCAGAUAAAUUCUUAAAUUAUAUUAAUUUUUGAUUUGAAAAAAUAAAAUGUUUUGGACAAACUGUUCCUG